UGGUGAUUUUUUUUUGAGUUCUUGUUUGUUUCUCUCUUUGGUAAUUUCGUUCUCUUGGGCUUCCCUAGGCUAUUAGCCCUAUAAAGUCUGUCUUUUUUGGGGCUGUUGAUGUCUAUUUGUAAGACAUUGUUUAAAAUUAAUCCAUUCUCGUUGUUGUUGAUGUGGUUCUAAUGACUUGUUCAAAGUUAAUGAUGAUUAUUUGAGGGUUAUACCUUCUGAUGUAAAACUUAUUUGUGAUUCACACCUAUUUCUUCUGCCACUGCUCUCAGUAAAGUGAUUUAGGUGAAUCAUAAGCAGAUGUCUAGUUGAUCCUCUUUUCUGUUCAUUGGCUAAUUGUCACUGAUUUAGUGUCACUCGGAAUCUACGUGUUGCUUCAUUUGCUUUUUAUUGUCAUAUUAUUCUUGCAAUCCUGCUUUGAUUACCCUUUUUUUAGCUGGGGGUCUAGCAAAAUCAGCCUCUCUACCCUACAAAGAUAGGGGUAAGGUACGAAGGUAUGCAUACAUCUUAACUUCCCAGAUUCCACUUGUGGGAUUACACUGGGUAUGUUGUUGUGGUUGUUGUUGUUAUUCUCCAUAAAUGUUAAUCAAUUGAGUGGAACGAUGUACUGGAAGUAUUUUAGUGUCAAAAUCAAAUGAUUCACUUGAAGAUUGUGCUUCAAUUAGUAGAAGAACAAGCGCAGCACCUAUUGCAACUAUUUCAAGAUAAUUUUAAGCAUUUUUAGAACAUACAACUUUGGUGGUGAAGAAAUGAGCAGUUCUUAUGGAAAAUAGUAAAGAGCAACCGUUGAAUGUAUAUGCAAAGAAGAGGUGGACCAGCAAAAAUCCUCUAAAAGAGUCUUGUUCGGACCUGUCUGAGGCGUAACAUCUUUUCCGAUCUCAUUACCAAAAAAUGAGUGUUAUGAAGCAACGUAUACCAUCCAGCUUCCCUUGCAAUGAAGAACUUGAGGUGGACAAGAUCAGCAACUUACCAGCACAGAUUGUUGACAAAAUCUUGUCUCAUUUGUCACUUAUGGAUGCUGUGAGGACAAGUGUCUUGUCAAGUAAAUGGAGACAUAAAUGGGUUACUCUUCCAAACCUUGUAUUUGACAAUCAAUCUCUUUUGAUCUCAUCCCAAGACCAAACCUUCAUUAAAAAUAAGAUAGUAAACAUUGUUGAUCAUGUUCUCUUACUUCAUUCUGGUCCCAUACACAAGUUCAAGCUUUCUCAUCGGGAUCUUCAAGGGGUGUGUGAUAUUGAUAGAUGGAUUCUCUUUCUAUCAAGGGGUUCUGUGAAGGAAUUUGUUCUUGAAAUAUGGAAAGGACAUCGAUACAAACUCCAUUCUUCAAUAUAUCUUUGUCAAAAGUUGAUCCACUUGGAGCUUUUUAAUUGUCUUCUAAAACCUCCUCUCACAUUCAGUGGUUUUAAAAGCUUGAAAAGCCUCGAUCUUCAGCACAUCACUAUGGAGCAGGAUGCAUUUGAGCAUCUCGUAUCUAGCUGCCAUUUACUUGAGCGGCUUACACUGAUGAAUUUUGAGGGUUUCUCUGAUCUUAAAAUCCAUGCACCAAAUCUCCUCUUCUUUGACGUUGGAGGCGUCUUUGAAGACAUCAAUUUCAUGGACACAUCCAAUCUUGCCAUCGUUUCCAUUGGGUUAUAUGUAAAUCCUGGAUUUGACAAAAAUCUUACUCUAGGCAGUGCUGGAAAUUUGGUCAAGUUUUUUGCUCAUUUGCCUCGUCUUCAAAGGCUCGAAGUACAGAGCUUUUUCUUGAAGUAUCUGGCUGAUGGUAAAGUGCCAGGAAGACUACCUACGCCUUGUGACGAGCUUAGUUUUCUUUCGAUACGCAUAAAUUUCAACCAUUUUGAUGAGUGUCUGGCAGCACUUUGCCUUCUCAGAAGUUCUCCUAACCUACAAGAGCUUGAGAUGCUGGCACGCACUGAAGAACAAAGUACUUCAAGAACAGUUUACAAUGUUACAGAAGAGAAUUACCAGAAUUGUAUGUUCAAUCAAUUGAGGCAUGUUAAGAUUGCUGGUAUAUCUGGGCUUAAACAAGAGCUGAAUUUCAUCAAUUUUCUGCUUACAAAUUCACCUGUUCUUGAAAGGAUGACAGUCAAGCCAGCUUCAGUUGACGGUGCAUGGGAGAUGCUAAAAGAGUUGCUUCGCUUCAGGAGAGCUUCGGUACAAGCUGAAAUUGUUUACGUUGACCCUUAAUUGAUAGAAUAUCUAAGCUGGGGAGCCUGAGGUCUAGUAAGAUCUAGGGGUGUUUACUAUGGAAUUUGACUAUAUUAGUUUAGCAUCUAGUGUAGAAACUGAGCUAGAUUGUCUGAUGAAACUGAUGUUAAAUGAAAGCACCAAUGUGAUUGGCAGUCUUAAAAUUGUACUUGUUCUGUUGAUACAGAGACGACUUCAGAGGGUGGCGGAGCUCUCUUUGUUCUUCUGUAAUGCCAAACCCCAUUAUCGUGUCUUGUGCUCAUGUUGGAAAUGUUGUCAAACUUGUGUUACUAUUGUCUUGGAGAAGGUAGUUGAAUUAAUGUUUCUUUGUAUUGAUUUCUUACAUUCUUGUA